GAAACCCAGACUUGAGCACCUUAACAGUGACAUCAAAUCUGGAGGCGGGGAGUUGACAGUCGGCCUUUAGGUAGGUGGGGGCCCAUCACACCCAACACAGCAACACAGGAACCCGUCUGCAGCGGAAGAGCCCUGCAGAGGAAGGGGUGACCCCCCCUAACUUGGGAGUGGCCCCAAGUGGGUUGCUGAAGCUGUGAUCGAGGAGGAAGUGAGAGGCGGAGCCCGUGGUGCUGGGGUCCUGGAGCAUCAUGGCCCAGGCCCUGGGGGAGGAUCUGGUGCCGGAUGACUCCAGCUCUUUAGGGUCAGACUCCGAGCUGAAUGGGCCCGGCCCUUACCGCCAGGCUGACCGCUACGGCUUCAUUGGGGGCAGCUCAGCAGAGCCCAGGCCAGGCCAGCCUCCGGCAGAUCUCAUCCGCCAACGGGAGAUGAAGUGGGUGGAGAUGACGUCACACUGGGACAAAACCAUGUCACGGCGGUACAAGAAGGUCAAGAUGAAAUGCCGGAAAGGGAUCCCAUCGGCCCUGCGGGCCCGCUGCUGGCCCCUGCUGUGCGGUGCCCACGUGUGCCAGAGCAGCAACCCCAAGACCUAUGAGGAGCUGGCCAAGGCUGCGGGGGACCCCCAGUGGGUGGAGACCAUCCGGAGGGACCUGCACCGUCAGUUUCCUCUGCAUGAGAUGUUCGUGUCACCGCAGGGCCACGGGCAGCAGGCACUCCUGGAGGUCCUCAAGGCCUACACGCUGUACCGGCCCGAGCAGGGCUACUGCCAGGCCCAGGGCCCUGUGGCGGCCGUGCUACUCAUGCACCUGCCCCCCGAGGAGGCCUUCUGGUGCCUGGUGCAGAUCUGCGAGGCCUACCUCCCUGGCUACUACGGGCCCCACAUGGAGGCCGUGCGACUGGACGCCGAGGUGUUCUCUGCCCUGCUGCGGCGGUUGCUGCCGCGGGCCCACAAGCACCUGCAGCAGGCGGGCGUCGGGCCGCUGCUCUACCUGCCCGAGUGGUUCCUGUGCAUCUUCGCCCGCUCCCUGCCCUUCCCCACGGUGCUGCGCGUCUGGGACGCCUUCCUCAGCGAGGGCGUGAAGGUGCUGUUCCGUGCGGGGCUGACGCUGGUGCGCCUGGCACUGGGCACCUCGGACCAGCGCCUGGCCUGCCCCGGGCUCCUGGAGACGCUCGAGGCCCUUCGGACCGUGCCGCAGGCGCAGCUGCAGGAGGAGGUCUUCAUGGCGCAGGUGCACGCCGUGGCUCUGUCGGAGCAGGACCUGCAGCGGGAGAUCAGGACGCAGCUGGCGCAGCUGCCCGCCUCGGCGCCGGGCCCCUCCCCGCGGCCCCAGGACCGCCUGCCCGGGGCUCCGGCCGUCUUCCAGGCCCAGCAGCUGGCCAGGCUGUGCCCAGACGCCAAGAAGCCCGAGGUGCCGCGCAUCGUGGUUCAACCCCCGGAGGAGCCCAGGCGCAAGCCCCAGACCCGAGGCAAGACUUUCCAUGGCUUCCUGACACGGGCCCGGGGCCCCCCUCUCCAGGGCCCCCCCAGGUCCCAUCGGAGUUCCACCUCCUUCCUGGACACCCGGUUCUGAGGGGCCGUGUGCUCGGUCGCCCCCUUCCUCCGACCGCUGGGAAGAUGCCUGCGGU